GGGGGUACGAAAGGGAGCCGGUUGCCGACGGCUGCCGUCCGCGCUUGUCCGGCCGGGCUCGCUCAGACCCCGCUUCUUCCAGGCAUGGCAAUGCCAUGUGUGCUUCUCAUUACGAUACUGGGCGUGGAAGUGACUGGGAAGUCUUCCGACAGUUUGGAGUCCGAGCUGGAAUGCUGCAUGGACACCAUGGAGGCGAACACCACCUGUCUUGCCAGCAGCCAGUGCAGCCCAGGCUGCUACAAGCGAUGGAACGAAGACGGCAGCAGCAGCUGCGUUAAGUGCGAAAACGGGACGGUCACCGCCACCCCGGUUUACAAUCUGACCGACUGCCGAAACAAUGCUGGCAGAGGAGUGACCGCACCCACGAAUCUAACUACUGCAGCCCCAGUUACAGUCGGUGUUGGGGGACCGGAAGUAGCUGCUUCUCUCAUCUUCGGCACAUUUGUUAUCAGCCUCUUCCUCAUCCUCUGUGUUGCUUCAUUCUUCUACCUCAAACGUGCCAAUAAACUUCCAAAUCUCUUCUAUAGAAGAAGCAAAGGAUCCGUUGUACAGUCAGCUGAAUCGGCAUCCAUGUUAUCUCCGCCUUCUUCGGUCCGGAAGCCCCGCUACGUCAGACGGGAAAGAUCGCUCAUGUCCUCCGGCACCGCCACGAGUGUUUCUGCAGAGACGAGGGUCAGCAACGUGUGACGGCCGCCAGGGUCAGUCCCAGUUUGUACGUCCUGGCCCCGCCAUCUCCUGCACAAAGCGCCGGGAAGGCGGCUGAGGUUACCAGCUGGAAGCUGUGGCGGGGACGCCAGACCACCGCCGUGAGCGGAUUCGUGCCGAGCGCAGAGCCAAGAAAUGUGGGCGCGAGAGCUCGGCUUUAGGUGAGAACUCGGGGCCGUGAGCGGCUCGUGGGCGAGCUGUGAAGCGCCUUUUUUCCUUUUCGGGCAGUGGCCGGAGCGCCAAAAGACGAUGAGACGCUGCGUCCGCAGGGUCAGUGUGACGUUCUCCCGUGCGGCGGCCAGCUCUGUCUGUCGGCACGAAGGCUUCGUUCCGGGCCGGGGGCUCCAGCCCCGGGCUGCUUGAGGUACUGCGCUGUUUUGCAUAGAAAAGUGCCAUGUUUUUUGAGGCUGGUGGGAAGCCUUUGGCCUCUCCUCGUGGUUACUGUCGCACCCUGCCUCCGGGAGGCGCCCUUGUCCGAACCGGGCCGGAUUCCUAGCCGGACGCUGCUGCACACUUGCACACGCCAAUCUCUUGUUCGUUCUCUGGGUUUCCAAACGAGGCCUUGAGCAGCAUUGCCGACGCCGAGCUGUUGAAGGCUGCUCUUGUUUCCUUCUCUCCCGUGUCUCUGCCUCUUCUGCCACGAAGCGCUCUGUUCUUCAGGCAGGGGGGAGACCCCACUGCCCAGCUGCCCCCUCCUCCCCACAACCACUUCCGAACCCCGCGCACGAGGAGCCAGAUGUUUUCCUUGCCAACCUGUUGUGAGUGAGAAGCCAGCCGCGGCACCUCGCCCCCCGUCGGCCUCGGAGCCCCAGACAAGAGGGCAGGGUGUGCGAGGGACCCUCGGCGUGCACUUGCUUGCGACUCGCCCGACGGGGGGGGCUGCUUUGCCUGGGGGCCACCAUCCAGCCUAGCUGGCAGAAAUGGCGAACACUGAGGCCUGGUGGGGGGGAGGGCUAAGCCCACAACCGCUGGGGGACCCCUGUGCCCUUGGGCCUGGCUUUGGAGUACCUGGUGCAGGUGGCCUGAGCAGGGAGGUGUUUCCUCACGUGCCAAUGCACUUGCUCCCCUUGGAUGCGCAUCCCUUGCAGAUCUUACCUCCAGGUUUCCUCCUGCGGGUCAAAAUGCCGUUCCAACCCAUCCCAAGGCAGAGGUGUUAGGUGAUGCCAAGCAGUUUUAGUGUGUUUCAAGGGCCUUUUGGGGGGAAUAUCUAUUUUUAAUUAAAAGGUUAGCUUUAAGUCAUUUUGCAGUUGUUUCUUCUGUUCUAGCAGUAUCCUCAUUCUCCUCUCGUUCUCUCUUUAAUUAGCCAGGGUUAUUUUGAUCUGUGAUCUGAUGUGGGGAAGAGAAAGAGAUGACAGGGGACCUGUUAAGAGGUGUUCCCGGGCGUUAGGCGAACAUGCAGAGUAAGGGCCCCACCAGCUGCAGUCAGCUCAGCCCAAGUGAGGAUGAUGGGUGUUGUGGUCCGGCACAUUCUCUCCAAAGCCAACCUGUAAACGAGAACCACGCGCUCUAUGGGAAGCCUCAUUCCCUUUUGUUUUUGAUGCAUUUCCUGCUGCUCAAGUUGAGUGGCUAUUUUAGUUCCCUUGCAAGUGAUGAGAAGAGACCAAGGGAAGUUUCGGAACUCCUUGUUGGAUGAGUUGGCCGUGAUAACUAUGCAACGAUUACAUGCAUUCUCCUUUCUGAAUGAAAGCCAUUUCUGUUUUGUUCCGUGUGCAUUUGUGGCUUAAUUUAGCUCGAGGACUUGCCCCAUUCCACCCUGACCUAAGUUCUGAAAACAGCACCUGCUUGACGCCCCUCGAAAGCCCAUGCCCAGACCCUCUAGAAGGUGGAGAAGACCUCUGGUUUUGUGUCCUGGCCCUGAGGUGGGAGCCGCGCUUUGCCUUCCCUGGGUGUGUCGCAUCAUUCCAAGCAGGGAAAAUGCGUCAUGUUGCCAGCCUGGUGUGGGAAAUCUUUGAACAUGGUGCCUUUUGGAUGAGUUGGGUUCCAACUUCCAACGGGAGAGCCGUUGUCCUCCUGAUCCGUAGAAUUUCCAGUAGGGAAUGCCAUAUAACUUGAGUGGUUUCAUUGUUUUUACUACUUGAGCCGUUGUAUCCCACGAAAACUGUUCGUCGGUCCUCGUGUCGAGCUCGUUUUUCCCCAUUCCCUUCUCCACUUCCACCCUCCCCCUUCACUUCCUUUAAUAAAAGCACGCCAACUUCUGA